GCUCGGGGCAGGAGGCGCUGCCGGGGAAGAUGGCGGGGAACGGCGCGGCCUUGGCCGGCGCGGGGAGCGGGGAGAUCAUCCAGCUCAACGUCGGGGGCACCAGAUUCAGCACUUCAAGACAAACACUAAUGUGGAUUCCGGAUUCCUUUUUUUCCAGUUUGUUGAGUGGAAGAAUUUCCACACUGAAAGAUGAAACUGGUGCUAUAUUUAUUGACAGAGAUCCUGCAGCAUUUGCACCUAUUUUAAAUUUCCUUCGAACAAAGGAACUAGACUUGCGAGGAGUAAGCAUUAAUGUACUGAGGCAUGAAGCAGAGUUUUAUGGAAUCACGCCUUUAGUAAGAAGACUGCUGUUGUGUGAAGAGCUGGAGCGCUCAUCAUGUGGAAGUGUCCUUUUCCAUGGAUAUCUCCCACCUCCAGGCAUUCCAAGUCGUAAGAUCAGCAGUUCUGCAGGGGCCUCUGCUGACAACAGAAUACCUCAGAGCAGUCCUGACAGUGAGGCCCGAGGAGUCAGUAUCCAGCCCUCGCUUGCUGGUAGUGGAGAGGAUACAGUCAGGCUGGGGUUUCCUGUGGAUCCUCGAAAAGUUUUGAUAGUAGCUGGUCAUCACAACUGGAUUGUAGCUGCAUAUGCACAUUUUGCCGUUUGUUAUAGAAUCAAAGAAUCCUCUGGAUGGCAACAGGUGUUUACAAGUCCCUAUUUAGACUGGACUAUUGAGCGUGUGGCUCUAAAUGCCAAGGUUGUUGGUGGCCCCCACGGAGACAAAGAUAAAAUGGUUGCUGUUGCCUCUGAGAGCAGCAUCAUCCUGUGGAGCAUUCAGGAUGGUGGCAGUGGCAGUGAAAUAGGAAUAUUCAGCCUUGGUGUGCCUGUGGAUGCUCUCUUCUUCAUUGGCAACCAGUUGGUGGCUACUAGUCAUACAGGAAAGGUGGGAGUAUGGAAUGCCGUGACUCAGCACUGGCAGGUUCAAGAUGUUGUCCCCAUCACCAGUUAUGAUACUGCUGGAUCUUUCUUACUAUUAGGCUGCAAUAAUGGCUCCAUUUAUUACAUAGAUAUGCAGAAAUUUCCAUUAAGAAUGAAGGAUAAUGACCUUCUGGUGACGGAACUUUACCACGAUCCUUCCAAUGACGCCAUAACAGCACUUAGUGUUUACCUCACGCCUAAAACAAGUGUAAGUGGUAAUUGGAUUGAGAUUGCGUACGGCACAAGCUCUGGAGCAGUGCGUGUGAUUGUGCAGCACCCAGAAACAGUUGGGUCAGGCCCUCAGCUCUUUCAGACUUUCACAGUUCACCGAAGCCCUGUUACAAAGAUCAUGUUGUCUGAGAAACAUUUGGUAUCAGUUUGUGCUGAUAACAAUCAUGUUCGGACAUGGACAGUGACUCGUUUCAGAGGAAUGAUUUCAACACAGCCGGGAUCCACUCCCUUGGCAUCGUUCAAAAUUUUAUCCUUGGAAGAGACGGAGAGCCAUGGCAGUUACUCUUCUGGAAAUGAUAUAGGGCCGUUUGGUGAGCGUGAUGAUCAGCAGGUAUUUAUCCAAAAAGUUGUUCCGAUCACAAACAAAUUAUUUGUGAGGCUGUCUUCUACUGGGAAAAGGAUCUGUGAGAUUCAAGCAGUUGACUGUACUACAAUUUCAUCCUUCACAGUACGGGAAUGUGAGGGAUCCAGCAGGAUGGGUUCAAGGCCACGGCGCUACCUCUUCACUGGACAUGUAAACGGCAGCAUUCAAAUGUGGGACUUGACUACAGCAAUGGACAUGGUUAAUAAAAGUGAAGAAAAAGAUGUGGGAGGUCCUACAGAAGAAGAAUUGCUCAAGCUUCUGGAUCAGUGUGACCUGAGUACGUCUCGUUGUGCAACCCCUAACAUCAGUCCAGCCACUUCAGUGAUGCAGCAAAGCCGCCUGCGGGAAUCAAGCUCCAGCCUCCAGUUGCAACACCGUGAAACGAUUCAUGAAACUGCCACGUAUGGCUCCAUACGGCCAUAUAGGGAGAGCCCUUUAUUAGCCAGAGCACGGCGGACCGAGAGUUUUCACAGUUACAGAGAGAUUCAGACUUUUAAUUUGAACAGAAAUAUGGUCGACAAGGCUGUACCUCAGAAUGGCAACCAGAGUCCUGUACAGGCAGAGGUGAAAAAGACGGGUGAAAACACGGCCGAGAAGAAGACUUCCGCAUCUGCGCUUGAGGUCAGGGCUGCCCGAGCAUCAGAAGGUGGGACUGAAUUUCAGAAAGUGCCGGAAAACACGUUAGAGUUGAAGAAAAGAGGAGCUGAUGAAGAAAAUGAAGCCAAAGCGGACAACAAAAAGAAAAGUGGCUUUGAAGGAGGCGGGUUCUUGGGGAGGAAGAAAGCACCUCAUCUGGUGUCUUCACCCAGUAUCGGGGAAGGCGGGGCUGAAGCGCCCAGUGCAGCAUCUCCAUCACCGACAAAGACAGCGAUUUCUCCACGCCAUAAGAAAAGUGACUCUUCCUGUCAGGAUUAUACCUUGUAAAAGUGCUGAUGAAUAUUUAUACCUAAGAGAUGCAUCAAAAAAUUUUAACACUAAACUGGAUGGAAUGUUU